GCUGAAUGGGGGGACUUAAUAUCCGGGACACACGUUUAUGAUCACUACAUUGAAGGAACGGCACGGAUGAUGCGUUUUGCGCCUCGGCCGUUCAAUGAAAGAGGAGACGCGCAAAAGAAGAGAUGGGCACCGUUCCUGCACUUUCACUUACCCGGUCGCCGGGGGAACGCUGUCGUCGCGCCUCUUCGGUCGUACCUGUAGUGGCGGUGGUGGUUCUGGUUCUGGUUCUGGCGCAGCUGUGCGCCGCUUUUAACUUGGACGCGGAGGACAGCGUCGUUUUCUCCGGACCGCGGGGGAGUUAUUUCGGCUAUUCGGUGGAGUUCUUCGGCAACUCAUCCAGUAUCAGUGUUUUGAUCGGCGCCCCGAAAGCCAACACCAGCCAGCCUGACGUCACUGAAGGAGGAGCUGUGUUCUUGUGCCCCUGGAGCCAAGCUAACUGCAGCAUGAUCAACUUUGACAAGCAAGGUGAUCGAUAUUUUUACAUAAAUGGUGUGAACACUCAGGUUGAGUUCAAGUCCCAUCAAUGGUUUGGAGCCACUGUGCGUUCCCAUGGAAACAGCAUCCUGGCUUGUGCUCCCAGGUAUUACUGGAGGACCGAACAUGAUAUACCCUUGGCCGACGUCACAGGAACCUGCUACCUCUCUGUAGAUGGUCUCGAAACGUUCGUGGAGUACGCCCCCUGCCGAACAGAAAGACACGGACCUGUUGGACAGGGCUAUUGUCAGGGGGGAUUUAGUGCAGACUUCACCAAGGAUGGCAGGGUUGUGCUUGGAGGACCGGGCAGCUUUUACUGGCAAGGCCAGCUGAUUUCAGCCACCACAGAGGAGAUUGUGAAGGCCUACUACCCCUCUUACUUUCUGCUCUCAGUCGCCGGGCAGAUUCAGACACGACAGGUGCAGGGGAGCUAUGAUGACAGUUACCUUGGUUACUCCGUGGCUGGUGGCGAGUUCAGUGGGGAUGAUGAUGAAGAUUUCGUCACAGGAGUUCCAAAAGGACUCAUGCUGUAUGGUGUAGUGUCAAUAUUAGAUGGAAGGGAUCUGAAGUCUCUGCUCAACUUGACAGGGGAGCAGAUGGGGUCCUAUUUCGGCUACGCGGUGGCAGCCACCGACAUCAACAACGAUGGUUUGGAUGACCUGGUGGUGGGAGCUCCAAUGUUCAUGCGUCGAGGGGUCAAUGGGCGUCUGGAGGAGCUGGGUAAGGUGUAUGUGUACCUCCAGAGGGGCCCUCUGCUGCUGGAGCCAAGCCAGUCCCACCUGCUGGGUCAACAGGCCUUCAGCCGGUUCGGUACGUCGCUGGCUCCGCUGGGUGACCUCAACCAGGAUGGAUUCAAUGACAUGGCCAUCGGCUGUCCCUACGGAGGAGACGAGCAGCAUGGAUUGGUUCUCAUUUAUAACGGCCAUGCCGAAGGACUGAUGGACACACCCACUCAGACUCUCUCUGGCCAAUGGGCUUCCAGCUCUUUCCCAGCCAGUUUUGGCUUCUCCCUACGAGGCAACAAAGAUCUGGAUCAAAACGGAUAUCCAGAUCUGGUUGUUGGUGCUUUUGGGGUUGAUAAAGCGGUGCUAUACAGGGCUCGGCCGAUAGUGAGCGUCAGUGCGUCUCUCACAGUGCAGCCGACCAUGUUCAACCAGGAGGAGAAGCCUUGUGAGCUGAUCACAGAGAAUGAAACCAUCGGCGUGUCUUGUGUCAGCAUCGGAUUCUGCCUGCUGGCUAAUGGGAAGCACCUCCCCUCAUCUAGGUCACACACACACACACACACACAUCUAGGCUUCGUGGUGGAGGUUCAGUUGGACAGUGUGAAGCAGCAGCAGAAGGAGUCCAUCAGGAGGACCCUGUUCCUGGACAGCCAGCAGCCCAGUCUGCUGAAGACCCUCCGCCUCGCCAACGGAGAACGCUUGUGCCACGACGCCAAGAUCUACCUGCGGGGCGAAGAGGAGUUUCGGGACAAACUCUCCCCCAUUUCCAUCAGCCUUAACUUCAGUCUGGAUCCUCAUGGCCCAGUUGACCAGCAUGGCCUCAGACCAAUCCUGAAUUAUGAGACAGAACAGCGUAUAGAGCAGAAGGCCCAGAUUCAGCUCGAUUGCGGAGAGGACAACAUCUGCGUCCCUGACCUCAAGCUGGCUGUUUACGGUGACAGAGCAGAAGUUUACCUGGGUGAUGAAAACUCCUUGAGCCUGACAUUCAAUGCCAGGAACGAGGGAGAGGGAGGGGCGUACGAGGCCGAGCUCUACGUGGUGCUUCCCCCAGAGGCCGACUACAGCGGCAUAGCACGCAACAAUGUGAGCUUGGCUCAGCUGACGUGCAGCUAUGAGGCAGAAAACCAGACCCGCUAUCUCCUGUGUGAUCUGGGAAACCCCAUGAAGUCUGGUACCAGUUUAUGGGCCGGCCUCCGGUUCACUGUGCCCAGACUGAAGGACACUCACAGAACUGUACAGUUUGAGCUCCAAAUACGAAGUAAAAAUGUAAACAACUCAGAGAGUGAGGUGGUGCUGUUGGAGCUGGAGGUGGCUGCCAUGGCUGAUGUCAUUCUGCAAGGUGUCUCUCGCCCAGACAAGUUCAUUUUCCCCCCUCCCAACUGGAGUGUGAGUCAGAGUCUGAGGGAGGAGCGGGACAUCGGGCCUGAGCUUCAGCAGGUCUAUGAGUUGGUGAAUAACGGUCCCAGUGUGGUCAGCCAGACCACUUUAGAGGUGAGGUGUCCUCUGAGGGCUCACGGCCACCAGCUGCUCUACCCUGUGGAGGUGAUCACUGAGGGGCCGCUCAGCUGCUCCUCCAAACACACCUUCAAUGCACUGAAACUCAAGCUCCAGCCUCCAGCAGCAGAGAUGAAAUCCAGCACUGAGCACCACAUCCAGAGGAGGGAGGUGUACAGAGAUCUUCUGUCUGAACAAGGAAACCUGACGUGCUCCUCAGUGGAGUGCAGGCUGCUGCAGUGUGAGGUUGGGCUGCUGGAGAGAGGGGCCAACGUUAUCCUGACUCUACGCUCCAGACUGUGGGCUGAGACCUUCAUGGAGAGGGCCUAUAAGCAGUAUGUUCUGGAGUGUUCUGUCCAGUUCAAGGUGAACAGGAUGCCUUAUUCUAUUCCUCCAAAAUUCAAGCCAACAGGAUCCAAAAAGGUGGUGACGGCUGUGAUGUGGAACAAGCCGGACAUUCCGUUCCCCGUUCCAGUGUGGAUCAUCAUCCUGGCUAUUCUGGCUGGGUUGUUAUUACUCGCCCUGCUCAUAUAUCUGCUAUACAAGAUGGGCUUCUUUAAAAGGUCAGAUCCGUACGGCACCACCAUGGAGAAGGCCCAGCUCAAACCCCAGGCGUCCUCUGAAGCCUAGAUCUGAGACGGAGCCUCCCUUACAGCUGCUCCAAAGAAUUGGAAUCAUCCUCCUUUUUCCCCCAAACAAAUAAGGAAACUUGCUAAUGAAAAAAGCAGACAACCCAUUUGUGAACGGACAGCUACGGCUGCUGCAUCACUGGACCUGCACUUAAAUGGCGAAGCAGGAAAGGCCACAAGGGUCGUGCUGUUUCGGACAUGAAGGCAAAGAGGAUGUUCCCCUUAAGGAUCUCAUCUCUGUGGAAAAAUGCUUCGUUGGAAUAUACUCCUUGUGUCGUGUUGACCCGGAAAGGAUUAGAACUUCAUAGCCCAUAUCGGCACAGGAAAAUACAGUAAAUGCACCUCCAACAAAAGGCACUAAUGCUGCAGUAUUUCUCCAUUCCUAAAAGGUGCGUUCAAGCCAUGUUUGCAAUCCCAGCGUUCAAUAAGCCUUUGUAUGAUUUAUACACCACUCUUUAUUUAUGGCACAGUGUUUCUCCCGUUGGUUGUUGAAUGUUGUACUGUACUGUCUGCAGGACAAUCCUGAUGAAACUGCAACGCUUAACUUGAACUAUUCCUCUCCCAUAUUGGGAGGUAUUUUGUGUAUGUUGUGAUGUAUGUAAUGUGUUCAUUGCAUUCUGACCCAUUGCUGUUGUGGCCCAGAAUAAAAGCAUAAUUUUGUAUA